ACACUCGCGUCUAUACCGAAACCCAAGCCCUUCCAUUUCCUUCGUUGAAAGAAAAAAUAAAAAUAACAGAGACACUCUUCCUCUGGCUCCGUUUGAUUCUCUGCUUGUUUGUCUAUAUAUACACUGUUGUCUAUAUAGAGAGAGAAAGUAGAGAGGGAAGACUGAAGAAGCCAUGGCUGCCUCGUGGAGGAGCAGCGGGUCUCUUUUCGUACUAGCAAUCGUAUUCUUCGGUUGUCUUUCUGCAAUUUCCAUUGCAAAAGAGGAGGCCUCAAAGUUAGGGACAGUUAUUGGGAUAGAUCUUGGAACGACCUAUUCUUGUGUGGGUGUUUACAAAAAUGGUCAUGUUGAAAUCAUAGCGAAUGACCAAGGAAACCGUAUUACCCCAUCAUGGGUUGCUUUCACCGACGGUGAGAGACUGAUUGGUGAGGCUGCCAAGAAUCAGGCAGCAGUCAAUCCCGAAAGGACCAUCUUUGAUGUCAAGAGACUUAUCGGAAGAAAGUUUGAGGACAAGGAAGUUCAGAGGGAUUUGAAACUUGUCCCUUUCAAGAUUGUGAAUAAGGAUGGGAAGCCUUAUAUCCAAGUCAAAAUUAAGGAUGGAGAGACAAAGGUCUUUAGCCCUGAGGAGAUCAGUGCUAUGAUUCUAACUAAGAUGAAGGAGACAGCUGAAGCAUUCCUUGGCAAGACCAUCAAGGAUGCUGUGGUUACAGUUCCGGCAUACUUUAAUGAUGCUCAGAGGCAAGCUACCAAGGAUGCCGGUAUUAUUGCUGGGCUGAAUGUUGCUAGAAUUAUUAAUGAACCAACUGCUGCAGCCAUUGCCUAUGGCUUGGACAAGAAAGGUGGUGAGAAAAACAUCCUUGUUUUUGACCUUGGUGGUGGGACAUUCGAUGUCAGUGUCUUGACAAUUGAUAAUGGUGUUUUUGAGGUUCUUGCAACCAAUGGAGACACUCAUCUAGGAGGUGAGGAUUUUGACCAGAGGAUUAUGGAGUAUUUUAUCAAGUUGAUUAAGAAAAAGCAUGGAAAGGACAUCAGUAAGGACAACAGAGCUCUCGGGAAGCUAAGGAGAGAAUGUGAGCGUGCCAAGAGAGCCUUGAGCAGCCAGCAUCAGGUCCGGGUGGAGAUUGAAUCUCUUUAUGAUGGUAUGGAUUUCUCUGAACCACUAACCCGAGCUCGGUUCGAAGAGUUGAACAACGAUCUGUUCAGAAAGACCAUGGGACCUGUGAAAAAGGCUAUGGAAGAUGCUGGAUUGGAGAAGCGCCAGAUUGAUGAGAUUGUUCUUGUUGGUGGAAGCACCAGAAUUCCAAAGGUUCAACAGCUCCUGAAGGACUACUUUGAUGGGAAGGAACCCAACAAGGGUGUGAACCCGGAUGAGGCAGUUGCUUUUGGUGCUGCAGUACAGGGAGGCAUCUUGAGUGGUGAGGGUGGUGACGAAACCAAAGAUAUCCUUCUCUUGGAUGUGGCUCCACUCACACUUGGGAUUGAAACAGUUGGUGGGGUGAUGACCAAGUUGAUCCCUAGGAACACAGUUAUCCCAACUAAGAAAUCUCAAGUUUUCACCACGUACCAGGAUCAACAGACUACCGUUUCCAUUCAGGUUUUCGAAGGUGAAAGGAGUCUUACAAAGGAUUGCAGGCUGCUUGGGAAAUUUGAUCUGACUGGAAUCCCUCCAGCUCCAAGGGGAACCCCUCAAAUUGAGGUCACAUUCGAAGUGGAUGCAAACGGUAUCUUAAAUGUCAAGGCAGAAGACAAGGGCACUGGUAAAUCGGAGAAGAUUACCAUCACCAAUGACAAGGGCCGCUUGAGCCAAGAGGAGAUUGACCGGAUGGUUCGAGAGGCAGAAGAGUUUGCAGAGGAAGACAAGAAGGUAAAGGAGAAGAUCGACGCGCGUAACAGCCUGGAGACAUAUAUCUAUAACAUGAAGAACCAAAUCAAUGACAAAGACAAGCUUGCUGACAAGCUCGAGUCUGAUGAGAAGGAUAAGAUCGAUACUGCCGUGAAGGAGGCCCUUGAGUGGCUGGAUGACAACCAGAGUGCCGAGAAAGAGGACUAUGAAGAUAAGCUUAAAGAGGUGGAAGCAGUUUGUAAUCCUAUUAUCACAGCUGUUUAUCAAAGAUCAGGUGGGGCUCCAGGUGCAGGAUCUCAAGGAGAAGACUCCGAUGACUCCGACGACUCCCACGACGAACUUUAGGAAAUCCGUAGUCUUCCAUUGACAAUUGAAGAGAGCAUGAAACGAGGAUUUAGGGUUUAGACGAGAGAGAGGACUUGCUGUAAUUUUGAACUCGAGGGGAAAGAUCGCCCUUUUUGGGCCUGUUUUGUGUCAGGUGAAGAUACUUUAAAAGGUUAUUUUCUUGCUUUUUUUUUUGUGUUUAGAAAAACUCUUUUUAAAAAUCUUCCUAGUGUCUUCUUGUUAUGUAUAUAAUCUUUGAGGAUUGAAUGCUUUCUUUGCUAAA